GUGGUGGUGGUAGUCUUCUGGGAAGUGGUAACACAAGUGGACUUUUGGGUAGUGGGAACAGUUUAUUGGGAAGUGGGAACAGUCUGCUGGGCAGUGGGAACAGUCUAAUGGGAAGUGGAGGCAGUCUAAUGGGCAGUGGAAACAGUCUAUUGGGCAGUGGAAACAGUCUAUUGGGAAGUGGAGGCAGUCAGCUGGGAAGUGGAGGAAUGGGCAGCAAUUCAGGAAUGGGGUCUACAGGUUUGGGUUACAGUGGUAUCAACAAUGGCAUAGGCAACAUGUCUGGGACAGGUAUGGGAGACAACAUGGGAUCUUACAAUACUGGCAUGGGAAUGACCGGCUCUAACAGAAGCAUCUUGGGAGGGGGUGGAGGUUUGGGGUUAUUAGGGAGCGGCGGUAGCUUUGGUGGCAGCAUGUCUUCUGGUGGUGGAAUGGGAAACAAAAUGGCUGGUGGCAACAGAGAUGGCUCUACCAAUGUUGCAUACUUUACUGGGAUGACAAGUGGAAAUGCAUCCCAUGGGUCUGGCCUACUACCAUCACCACCAAAAUAUGUAAGUACAUUGAUAUCUAGUCUGAUCCUCUAUUGACAUUUACCGUGAGCAAAGUCUUUUUCAUGUUUCCAAUCAAAGGGCAACAUUUGUUAGCUUUCAGUGUUGUUUUCUAGGAUUCAUUAUGAAAUGUAACAACCAAAUUUAGUUUGUUGGUAGUUUUAAAAAAUAAUGAAACAAUGCCAAUGAAUGUCAAACUUAACUUAUUCAUUGGAAAAGUGGGUUGUGAAGAAAGAAAGAAAUUUCAAAGAAGGUUUUCAAAUGACCUACAACUAUUACUGAUCUCAAGCGGUUGGUUGCAGAUAUUACACCUGGUUCAAGGAGCUCUUUCAACCUCACCUUCUACUGAAUAGCAUUAAUGCAACUUACAGUCCUAUAUAAAGAUUACCUCAAAUUAAAUGUUUGAGCAACCUGUAGUCUUGGACAUUUCUUGAGGGUUAGGGGCAGACAAUCAAUGUAUCUUCCUUUGUAAUCCAGACCACAUUAUGGUGGAGCAAUCUGCAGAGGAAAGGGUCUGGUGGGUCAUUGCCCGUGGCUGCGGCCGCUUUUUAAAGGUUCUUGAUUUAUUCAUUUCAGAUGACCCCUACCGGCCAGAAGCGCAGCCAUAGCCAGCUUUUGCCAAAGCCAGAACAGAGUCCCGAUGGCACAGAUUACAUAGGCCAACACUCACAGGGACUUGGUGGUCAUUACUUGGACUCGUACAAACGCUCCCGGCUCUUUUAAAUCUGUUUGCUGCUGAAUGUUGUUGAUUGUGAGCUUAUUUAUAGUCAAAAGAUUUCUACGUGUCGCCCGAAGAGCCUCAGAUUGUUGGAUCAAGUAUGCUAGUUAAAGUUGUUUUUUUAAAAACAAAAUGGUGGCCCAUUUGCAAUAAUUUCAUAUUGUAACGGUGUGCGUAUUGUGAAGAAGUAUGGCAAAUAAAUGUUCAUCUGAUAAUUAUUGAUGGCUUUUGAAAGGGUCACUUCUCAUUGUGCACAUUUUUGUAAAUACAUGUAAAUAAGAGAGGUGUAUUAGUAUUUUCUUAUAUUUGAGUUGUAGAUGCCACGCAUGUUUGAAGAUUGCGAUGUCAUUAAGAGAAGGCAACUAGGAUAUACUUGUCUUUCUAACAUGAGCUUUAUCAUUUGAAUUGAUGGCAAACAGUGCGUCCCUUCUCACGUAAAUCAUUUGUUUACUGGUUUAUUUUCUGUGAUGGGGGGUCAACAGAUGGAAGGAUCUGUCCGGUCAGUUGUCCACUACUUCCACACUGUAACCUUAUCAUUGGAUCCCUUACUGUAUUGAUGUUGAUAUACCACAAAAUAAAUACUUGAAUCAAU